CGCGUGCGAUCUCGAUCGAAAGCGCGCUUUGUUUACAUCGUUCGUCUUCUUUGUUCUUCCAAAAUUCACUUGAACUCUACUGAGGACGCGAGUAAUACUUAGAAACUAUAUAUUCAAGCUUUUCAUCAUAGACUCGAAUAAUCGAUUUUUAAUGUAAAAAUCAUUGCGUAUAUAGAAGAUUAUCAUAAUGGUACUAGAGGAAGAAAGAGAGAAGAUGAUCGCUAAACUUCGCACUUCCAAACACUUGCGACUCAUAGCCGAUACGAACACGACACGUGUUGCCAAAAACUCCGAGAGCUCAAUAAAAGUCAGAAAGUCCGCAAACUUGAUCUUCAUCAAAAAACGACACACAGCUCAGGAGCACGAGAAGAUUCUCACUCUCUACACCAACAGUGUGGCAGUGGCACCUGAAGGCUCAGAAGAACUAGCACUAGCUUACUCCAAUAGAUCAGCACUUUUAUUGCACUUGAAGAAGUACAAGGAAUGCAUGGUGGACAUUGAGAGAGCAUUGUAUAUUUUACAGAUCUUGAAAAUCACAGGUUCAUUGGAAGAUAAAUUGAUUCGACGCAGAACCGAGUGUUUGGGUCAUUUGGAGCUUGCAAAGGAACAGGAUCUAAAGGAUGAAUCUGCUAAUGCUUUGAAGACAAAAACUUUGGCUGCAAGAGAAAAAGAUUCAUCAAGUUUGGUAGAAGUGAGACACAGCGAAAAGUAUGGCAGGCACCUUGUAGCCACGCAGGACAUAAAACCAGGAGAGAUUAUUUUUAUUGAGAAACCCUACAUAUCUUGCUAUAACAUCAAGAAGCCGUACCUGUACUGCUGCCAUUGUUUGUCCAUUGCCUGGACUGGGAUACCUUGUGACAACUGUGGCUGGUUUGUGUUCUGCUCUGAAAAAUGCAAGAAAGAAGCUUGGACACAGUAUCAUGAUAUAGAAUGUCAUUGCAUCACAUACAUUGUUCACUUUUUCAAUCACAUUAUCCAGGAGACAGGAAUAAAGGUCCUCUUUGAUGGACUCAGCAUACGAGCAUUGGUUAAGGGAUUGAGAGAGCUUGGUGAUUUUGAGAAACUUAAAGCUGAACUGCAGUCGGUUGAUGAAAGCACGGAUAAAAGAACCAAGGGAUUUUUGGAAAAUGGGGAGUUUCCAACUAGCCAGUUUAGAAGUUUGUACAGUCUAUCAUGUUACGUUACACCAGAGGAAAUGGAGGGUCAUAUUACAUUUUCUAGUGUUGUCCUUGUUUGUAUGGCUAAAUAUACCUCAUUCUUUGGAAAUAAACUCAAAUUCACCGAACUGGAAGAUCUGAUAGAAAAUGAAGAUGUUGUUUUCACUGGCUCUCUGCUUCUAAGACUUUCUAAAAUCAGUAACGUUAACAGUCAUGCUAUCGCAAACACAAAUGACGCGUGCAAGUAUUCCAAUGAUUCGUUCACCUGCAGAAAAAACUGGUGCUGCGUUAAAGGAGUCUGUAUUGUACCACUUGCUAGUUUAACUAAUCAUAGCUGUAAUCCAAAUGCGAGUAGAUGUUUCACUGAUGAUCUUGAAUUCAUCAUGUAUGCUCUGCAGCCCAUCAAAAAAGGAGAUCAAAUAUGUGACAGUUAUAAUUCGAAUUUCUAUGAAGCUCCCAAUCCCUACAGACGCGAUAUUCUUAGAGAAACCUAUAGUUUUGACUGUGAUUGUCAAGCUUGUGAAAAUAACUGGCCUGUUUGGCCAAUUAUUAAAACUAGAUAUGAGGAGUUAGCUAGGCAGACGAAAAUGAAAUCUAAAGAAGUUAGAAUAUGGAACAAGCAUCAAAAAUUGAUGGCAAACAUUGAAAAGGGGAGUGCUUCUUACGAUUUAGAACUUAUACAUAAUCUAUCUAAAGUAAUUGAAACUUUGGAUAGUAGCUUAGAUCACCCUGCAAUAACUACUUAUAAGAUAAUUUAUGCUUUGACAUUAGUAUUUGAAUCUUUAUAUGGAUACCAGUUAAAAGUGUUCAGUGACUGUUGAUGACUAUUAAAUAUUUUUUACAUUUCCAAAGCGA